AUGCAUCCAUCGCCGUCGACCGAGACUGACUCCGCGCGAAUGGAGACGUCCGACGUGUCUAGGGUUCUCGGCAGGAGGCUGCAGUUUUCCACUGCGCCGGUGCUGCGUGAAUACGUCUGGGACGCCAGCCGUAGCCCCAAGUCCCUCUAUGGAAACACCACAAUUGUGAUAUGCAUCCUCCCGUCGACGCUGUCGGUACAGAGGUCGCACGAAUGA